CUCGCGAGAAGACUAGGCGACUUUCGUGGCUGUCGGAAGCGGCGGACUUGUCCUGGCUGUUGGGAUCCCCGGCGCGAUGGCGUCUCCGUAUUCAGUCAGAGUCUUCCCAGUCAGCAUCCCUGCAGUGAUCAUGGAGACGGACUGGACAGAGCCCUGGCUCCUAGGGCUCCUUGCCUUCCACCUGCUGUGCCUACUUCUCACAUGCUUCUCCGCACAGAGGUAUAAACUACAGAUUGGCCAUUUCCUUUGUCUGGUGUUAGUCUAUUGUGCCGAGUACAUCAACGAAGUGGCUGCAAUGAACUGGAGAUUGUUCGCAAAGUAUCAGUACUUUGACUCCCGGGGAAUGUUUAUUUCUCUUGUGUUCUCAGCACCGCUGCUCUUCAACGCCAUGGUCAUUGUGAUUAUGUGGGUACGGAAGACUUUGACUGUGAUGAGUGACCUGAAGAACUUACAGGAGAGGAGAAAGGAGAGGAAGAGGCGAAGAAAAGAAGAAUAGCACUGAGCUGGCCACACCGUGUUUGUCCUCUGACUUGGUUGUUUCCAUCUGGGAGCUGCAUAUGGCCCAGAUGUCUUCUGUCAGCUGACUCAUGGUUGGAAAAACACACCACAAAUGGUUCUUAUAUUUUACUCUGUUUGGAGCCCUCGUAAAGCUGUUCUUAAAAAACUAAUGACAUGACCUGGAAGCAUGGUGAAUGGGGACCCAUCCUUUACAUGGGGAGCUUUCUGGCUCAGCCACAUCAUAUACAGCUUCUCACAAGUUGCUGGUAGAUCUCACGAUGUGACUAGAGGUCACGCAGGUUUGAGUGUGGAAACUGGGAAAUAAACAGCCCCAUCCUUCUGUGAGCACUACCUGCUCCCUCUUCUGUCUCUAGCCUGCAGUGGUGGCUAUCAGCUAAAGGUGGGUGUGUUCCCCAGAAAUUUGCUGAUGGUUGUCACCUCAGGUGGACGUGGCACUUGUGUCCAUAGGAUAGAGCCUAGGUUGCUGAAAUCCUACAGGGUACAAGACAGCCCCACCAUGGAGUAUUGCUGUGUAUAUAAUGUCAGCAGUACCCAGGCUGAGGGAGCAGUGGGCAGGUCUGGAAAAGAAUGCAGUGUGUUUCAGUUCCCAUGAAGCUAGGCCUCUAAAUAAUUUAGUUGGGGCUAUGCCACUGGAAAUGUUUUGUUUAAAAAUAUUAAGCUAGAAUGAAAGCUGUAAAAUCAAGACUCCGUGGAAAAUAGUAUGUCAAAUGAACCGUUUGGCUUUGUUUUUUCUGGAUACAGAAUUAUAAAUACCUAUAUACUCAGAAUGGCUUAGCUGUUCCUACCCAGAUGUGACAAGUGCAGACAGUUCUUCCUGAGUAUCACAGCUUGUGCAGCUCGGGGCUGGCAAGCACAGCAGGGUGUAUUGGCACCUGUGCUUCUGUUUUGUCAGACACCCUUGGUUUCUAAGGAAUCUGGAGAUUACAAGUGACUGAGACCCAAACUCAGAGACAGUAUUUAUUACUGGAAAUACUAUAUACUCUUGGCUUUAGUUUAAAGAAAUAAUUUGUGAAUUAUUCAUUUAAUAGGAUUUUUUUCCUUUCUAAAUGAAACAGUCUUCAAAGUUCUAAACUACAAUAAAAUCUAGUUAUAAGUAUUUAAAUGGUUAAAAGUAGAUCGUUUGAUAAACUACGGUUAUGUUCUGAAACGCUGUUAUAUAGUUUUUAAUGUUUAUCCGGCUUUAGGCUUUAACUGAAGGUCUAUGGACGGACGUGUGACAACCUGAAAUCCUUAUGGUGUGAGUCCGUGGCUCCUACUGCAGCACUUAACCUGAUUCGUGUUCCCAGUCUCUUGAUUUGUUCCACUUUACAUUGAACAAAAAAGUGCCAAAGAAAAUAGCACACUGUAGUAAGUCAAAUUUUGAAUUUAAAAUCACAGUUAAGUCAUGGACAUUGUAUCUAAGGGUAUACCUAAGUUUCUGAAAUUUUCUGGUUCAGGAUAUCUGAUCAUUUUAUGGUUACAAAGGUGCUUACUAUGACAUUGAUUAGUUACACAGAAAAUAAGAACAAAUUAGUUAGAUCAAUCUGAAACAGUAGAGUGUCACAUAGGUCUGGAGCUCACCAACCAGAUCUGUUCCCUCAGGCCUUUAUGUCCGAGGCCAGUAGUGCUGAAUGGUUAGAGAGCAGUUAAAAUGUCUGAGUUCUGGCAUGUGUUGGCAUUAAUACCUCAGACUGUGUCACCAUGACCUUCACUUUGGGCUUUAUGCCUUGUCUCUGCAUGUGUGGUUGUGGACGCACGUGUGCUUAGUUUUUAAGAUAAUUAAUAUCUGUGUGUGUUUUAGAAAACGAGAGCUUUGGAUUAGAGAGAUGGUUCAGUUGGUAUUUUUCAUUUAAGCAUGAAGACUGAGUUUGAACACCAAACUCCCUUAACAUUUGCUCCCAAGUGUUACAAGCCAAGUCCAGUCACUGGAAAACCUACUUGAUAGAAGGAAGGAGCCCACACUACAAGUUGUCCUCUAACUAUAUAUGCACACAAAAUAAAGUGGUCUGUAGUCAUUCCUGAUGAACAACACCUGAAGUUGUCCUCUGGCUUUCACACAUGCACAUGUGCACACUGGUACACACAUAACACAUAUACAAAUGUUUUGUGUUUCCUGAAAUUCACUCAGUGGCUAAAAUUAUACUUGAAGGAACUUCUUAAUAUUUUGUUCUUAUAUUAAGGACAACCCUGCAAGCUGGAACUAUGAACAAGCAAUUGGGUUCAGUGCUGCUCUGAGGAUUCUACAGAUUUGACCAGUGCUGUGUUCACACUUCUGUAAAGGAAGGUUUAUAGGCAACUGAUAGACACAGUGAACGCUCACUGAAUAGUUGUGGAAAAGCACUGGAAAGGCCUGAAAUAACCAUUUAAUACAUUCCAGACCAUGAAACUUCAUGUUUGCUGAUUAUUAUGCAUUGAUAUACAAUAAAAUAUGUUUGAUAAUAUACAAUGUA